CAGUAAUUUUUAUUAAAUAGAUCCUUAGUCCUUUCUAAGUCGUUAUUUUAUUUUAUUAUUUAGUCUCAUUGUCACUAUCAUUUACGUUUUUUUAAUAGGAUAUACAAUUUUAUUCGACUAACCAAUAAGUAGUACUGCUAUAAUAAUUUCUGUUAAACUUGAAGGGAUUGAAAAAAACGGGGUAAAAAAAGAAACGAAAAAGAAGAAGAAAAUUUUAGGCCCAUGUGAAAAACUCCAAUGUUAGGCCCAAAAGGAAAAUCAAGAGAGGUUGAGCUCAGUAGAAGCCCAAAAAACCAGGGCAGUCUUUUUAAUAGUUAGCGCCGUUAGGGUUUUCGCCCUAUUUCUUGCUUCCAAGUAUUCUCCCUCCCGCGGCCACACUCUCCAUCCAUUUCCAGAGGUUUGGUUCUUCUUCUUCUUCUUCUUCUCUCUUCGUCUUUGUGCAGAUUUCCCAGCUGACUAACCUUGUUUGUGAUUCUUCAUCAUCCAUGCUUAUUUUGUUUACUUUGUGUUUCCGUCCAGCCAGGAUAUCCCCAAGGAUCUCUCGUAUCUCUUAAGCAAUGGCGGCUGCUGGGGUCGUUGUUUCAGACAAGGAGAAGUCUCACACCGAUGUUCUCCUCUUUAACCGCUGGUCCUACGAUGAUGUUCAGAUCAACGACAUCUCUGUGGAGGACUACAUUACUGCUACUGCUUCCAGGCAUGCGACUUACAUCCCCCACACCGCUGGUAGGUACCAAGCCAAGCGUUUCAGGAAGGCACAGUGCCCAAUUGUUGAGAGGCUGACCAACUCCCUCAUGAUGCACGGCCGUAACAAUGGUAAGAAGCUGAUGGCUGUCCGCAUCAUCAAGCACGCCAUGGAAAUCAUUCACCUCUUGACCGAUCAGAACCCGAUUCAAAUCAUUGUUGAUGCCGUUAUUAACAGUGGGCCAAGAGAAGAUGCCACUCGAAUUGGUUCGGCUGGUGUGGUCAGGCGUCAAGCUGUUGAUAUUUCUCCCCUUCGCCGUGUUAAUCAGGCCAUCUAUUUGCUGACAACUGGUGCUCGCGAGAGUGCAUUCAGGAACAUCAAGACCAUUGCUGAGUGCCUUGCUGAUGAACUCAUCAAUGCUGCCAAGGGAUCAUCCAACAGCUAUGCCAUCAAAAAGAAGGAUGAGAUUGAGAGAGUUGCAAAGGCCAACCGUUAAGCAAGAAAUGGAACCUGGGAAAAAAUUUUGGGUUUUCUUCCAUUUUCUGUUUUAAUCCAUUAUAAUAGAGAAACCGCUUUAGAGUUUUAUGGAUUGGAGAAAGAGAUUUUGGUGUAUUAAGUAUUUAUUUCAAUGUAUGGAUUGAAUUUUAAGUCGAAGAUUUGCUUCGUUGCACUUGAGUAAUUUUAAUAGAUUCUAUCUUCGGAGUGUAGGAUUUUGGGAGGUCGCAUCCCGGAAUUUUGUUUCUUCUUACCUUUAUGCAGUGCAGGAUCAGUCGGGUAUGUCACACAAAGUAGACUGACUGACUGACUAAAGUGCUUAAUGAAGAUCUAAAUGAAGAUUUUGUUUCUUUGAUUUAUGGAUGCAUAAUGUGAUCAAACAAGGCGAGGAGGUCACAGAGACUCUGUAGUGGUCUCUAUCUGUAGCUGUAGAAAAAAGUUGUAGAGAGAUAAAGAUCAAUAUAUGAAUUUCUAUCUUGUGCCUACUAAUCUUAGACUCUGAACCUGAAUUAGAAUAUCUGUGGCUUCAAAUUGGAAUUGGAAUGCCAUGAAUUUAGAUCAUGGGUGUGGUAGCCUAAAGAGAGUCUAGGUGGGCAGAACUUGAGAUGCAAAGUAUAUUCGGGCAAAGUGUUGCAUGGAAUGGAUGGUUGAAUGGAGCCUGCAAGGUUAGAGGGUACAGGAAAAAUCAUUGCUAGUGUGUAUCCGCAGCAAUAAAACUGAGUCAAUAAGAAAAAUCUGUUCCAAGAAGUGGGAAGUGGGAACCCAGAAAACAAAAAGAAGAAUGUAGUAUAUCGUCCAUGGGGACAUCUGAGUUCCGUGAGCUAGUCUCACUUCCUAUAAGGGUUAGGUGAAGAAGGGCAAUGGCGGAUAAGAGAUCCCCUGCUUAUUUCAGCUGCAGAAUCUGUCCAAUUAAAGCACUUAACUAGUUAGUACUUGAUGGAGCGUCGUUAGUUAAUGUUGCCGUCAUCAUCAUCAUAAACUUUACAUUGGGG